UCCGGUCAACAUCCCAAACGCGUGAAGCCAUGCCUCCUCAUUUCCCCAGCAAUCCUGACCACGGACCACAUGUGGCAAGGCCAUACCACAGGCACAAGUCGAUCCAUCGGCUUCUGGGUGGAGGCAAAGCUGCGGACAUUCUGCUGUGGAAGGACAGGAACUUAUCUGCUGGAGUUCUUGCUGGGGCCACGCUGAUAUGGUUCCUCUUCGACGUGGUUGAGUACAAUAUAGUUCCACUCCUUUGCCAGAUUGCCAUCUUCAAUAUGCUUGUGAUCUUCAUCGCUUCAAAUGCUGCACCACUCUUCGACAUAGACCCACCAAGGAUUCCACAAGUUGUCAUCUCUGAACAUACCUUCAGAGAAAUGGCCUUGACCAUUCGUUACAAAUUGACAAAUGCUGUAUCUCUUCUUUAUGAUAUCGCUUGUGGAAAGGAUCUGAAGAAAUUCCUACUGGUGGUAGGAUCCCUGCUGGUAUUGUCAGUGAUUGGAGGUUCUUGCAGCUUCACAAGCCUACUCUAUCUUGGAUUCUUGUGCGCCCUCACUUUGCCAGUGUUGUACCAACGAUACGAGCCAGAAAUGGACCAUCUCGUUGCAAGAGGUGGUGAAGACAUCAAGAAGUUCUAUGAGAAGAUCGAUGCCAAUUUGCUCAACAAAAUACCAAGAGGACCUGUCAAGACAAAAUUCAGAUAAACUAUUGCACGAAGCUGUCAGCAUAUAUUAACAAUCCCUCCCCAGUUACUGCCUUACUGGAGUAGAUUUCAAGAAAUAUGAACCAGCUCAAGUAACAGAAAUGAUUGCAUGAACCCAGUACUAGACAAGAAAAGGAGAUGAAACUCCAGCUAAGAGUUCAAACUUGACUGCUAGCGCACAGAGUAUGUACGGUACCUGUCAGCUAAGCAAUACAUAUGAGAAGAGCUCUUAUGCUAUAAUCUCAAACAAAGUAUUCUCUAUCAAGAA